GAUUGGCUAUGUUGGGGGGAUGCUGGUUGCCCGGGAGAUGGGGAUGGCUUCCUGGCGAGUUGGUGGAGGCUCCUGAAGCCUCGGGCUGUGGUAGCAGUGGCUGCCUGGGGCCCCCUCACCCGGCUCGGCCAUGGCCAGCGUGCACGAGAGUCUCUACUUCAACCCUAUGAUGACCAACGGGGUGGUGCACGCCAACGUGUUCGGCAUCAAGGACUGCGUCACCCCCUACAAGAUGGCGCUGCUAGUGCUGCUCAGCGAGCUGGGCCGGGCCGGGGCCCAGCUCAGCCUGCUGGAGAGGCGGCGCCUCAACCGGCUGCUGCUGCCGCUGCUGCAGGGUCCUGAUAUGACGCUGUCACGAUUGCAUAAGGCUAUUGAAGAAUCCUGUCCUAACUUAGCAAAUUCUGUGCAAAUAAGGAUAAAACUGAUGGCAGAAGGGGAGUUGAAAGACAUGGAACAAUUUUUUGAUGACCUUUCAGAUUCAUUUACUGGGACAGAACCAGAAGUUCACAAAACAAGUGUAGUAGGUUUAUUUCUGCGCCACAUGAUCUUGGCAUACAACAAGCUUUCUUUCAGUCAGGUCUAUAAACUUUACACUGCACUUCAACAGUACUAUCAGAACGAUGAGAAAAAAACUGGAAUUGAUGAGACCGAUAUGGAGCUGACAAAUACUGAAGAACUUGAAGGGAAAAUGGAAAAAGAAGAACUCGAUGUACCUCUAAGGGAAGAAGAAAUAUCUUGUAGUGGGCCUCUCUCCCAGAAGCAAGCAGAAUAUUUUCUUUCUCAGCAGGCUUCUUUAUUAAAGAAUGACGAGACAAAGGCUCUUACUCCAGCAUUUUUACAAAAGGAAUUGAACAAUUUGCUGAAGUUUAAUCCAGACUUUGCUGAAGCACAUUAUUUAAGCUACUUAAAUAGUCUUCGAGUACAAGAUGUCUUCAGUUCAACACACAGCCUCCUUCACUAUUUUGACCGUUUGAUUCUCACUGGAGCAGAAAGCAAAAGCAAUGGAGAUGAAGGUUAUGGCCGAAGUCUGAGAUACGCUGCUCUUAAUCUAGCUGCGCUGCAUUGUCGGUUUGGCCAUUAUCAGCAAGCUGAGCUUGCUCUCCAGGAAGCCAUCAGAAUUGCACAGGAGUCCAAUGAUCAUGUUUGCUUGCAGCACUGCUUGAGUUGGCUGUACAUUUUGGAGCAGAAGAGAUCAGAUAGCUGUGUCCUGUUGGAACACUCUGUGAAAAAAGCUGUACAUUUUGGAUUGCCAUAUCUAGCUUCCCUGGGAAUACAGUCCUUGGUUCAGCAAAGAGCUUUUGCAGGAAAGACCGCUAACAAGCUAAUGGAUGCCUUAAAGGACUCUGAUCUGUUGCACUGGAAACAUAGCUUGUCCGAGCUUAUUGAUAUUAGUAUAGCACAGAAAACUGCCAUUUGGAGACUAUAUGGUCGCAGCACCAUGGCACUUCAGCAAGCCCAGAUGUUGCUGAGCAUGAACAGUCUAGAAGCUGUAAAUGUGGGUGUUCAGCAGAAUAACACGGAAUCUUUUGCUGUAGUAUUGUGUCACCUGGCUGAGCUACAUGCAGAACAGGGAUGCUUUGCUGCUGCUUCAGAAAUAUUGAAACAUUUAAAAGAGAGAUUCCCUCCCAGUAGUCAGCAUGCACAGCUGUGGAUGCUGUUUGAUCAGAAAAUACAGUUCGAUAGAGCUAUGAACGAUGGGAAGUACCAUGUUGCCGAUUCUUUUGUGGCAGGAAUUACAGCACUUAAUAGCAUCGAAGGCGUGUACAGAAAAGCCAUUGUAUUGAAAGCUCAGAAUCAAAUGUCCGAGGCGCACAAACUUUUGCAGAAACUGUUGAUCCACUGCCAAAAUAUAAAAAACACUGAGAUGGUGAUUAGUGUACUUCUGUCAAUAGCAGAACUUUACUGGAGAUCUUCAUGUCAUACAAUAGCACUGCCUGUCCUGCUUCAGGCUCUCGCUCUUUCUAGAGAAUACCGUCUUCAGUACUUGGCCUCUGAAACUGUCCUGAACUUGGCUUUCUCCCAGCUAAUUCUUGGUAUUCCUGAACAAGCGCUGAAUAUUCUGCAUACGGCAAUAGAACCUAUCUUGGCUCACGGGGCGGUACUGGACAAAGGCUGUGCCAUGUUCUUGGUGGCCAAAUGUCAAGUUGCUUCUGCAGCUUCCUAUUCUCCACCAAAGAAGGCAGAAGCUCUGGAAUCUGCUAUCCUGAACCUAAAUGAAGCCAAGACUUAUUUUGCAAAAGUGGACUGCAAAGAACAGCUCAGAGACGUUCUUUACUUUCAGGCCAGACUCUUCCACACCCUGGGAAAGAUUCAAGAAAGAAACAAAUGUGCCAUGCUAUUCCGUCAAGUGCACCAGGAGCUGCCUGCUCACGGUGUUCCAUUAAUUAAUGCCUUCAAGUGAAGUGUUUAAAGCUGAGGCUUCCCUCUGUGUGUUCCUGCUGUCCCCUCCUACCCCCCCUUUUUUUUGUUUUUUGUUUUUGUUUUGUCUUCAUUAUGUUCAGUCAUCACUAUUUGGAAAUAAUUACCAAUAAACUAUGUUCUUCUGUUUAGAAAA